AUGCGGCCGACCUCCCAGCCCAUCACGGGCGAGGCUCCAACUAAGUACUUGAUACCCCACUAUACCCCACCUUUGGACCGGGGGGGUGAUAUCAGUCCCCACCCUUACAGCUACCAUGUCCCAUCAGAGAGCUGCAGUUGUGUGGUUAGUGCCUGCAAGCCCAUCGGAGAUACAUCCAAAAUGGCAGACGCCACGAGUACAACUAUUCUAGGUGGUGAAGUACUCCUGAUUCUUCAGCGCUUAGAGGCCCUCUUCAACGAUUUUUGGAGCACACUGCAACACCGGCAGACCCUUCCUGAGAUUGUGGAAGCUCCAGAGAUGACCCGCCAAGCCCCGAGCCAUCCUGCUGCUUCUGCCAGAGGUCUCACAUGCCGGAGGUGGAGGAGGCCAUGUCGGCGCAUCUUGAGGAGGGCGAAAUGCCGGCUAGCCCCGCAACCACUAACCUCCAGAAUCUGCAUGAAAGUCUACCAGGGGUAUGGAGAGGUAGAGGGAAGGCAACUGCAGGCGCACAAACUCCUGCUGACAUCUCUGGCUCUGAGCCUGAAGACCCAGGCAACAUGGGACUCUGAUCUCCCUGCAAUGGGGAUAGGUUGA